AUGGCUUCUACAUCAUCCUCGGCUGCAGUGGCUGCCAUGACGCAGCGUACAUCCGAACAAUAUCUUGAAUGCCGUCGGAAUGUUACGGCCAAGGUGGACGAGGUAAAGCUACUGGACGAGCAGAUCUCCGCUGUGUUCCAGCAGAUCACGGCAUUAUCCGAGGCUGUGGAGGGUCAAGAGGAGCUUUCCGAGGAGGCGAAGGCACGAUCGAAGAGUGUUGGUCGUCUUGAGGUCACUUUGGCUGGUGUAGAGGGAGAGGAGCCCGUGCCUAAUGCUACCAUCACUGUUUCCAUGGACCCUGAGUACGAAGCCGAUGAGUACGAGACCGUCGAGGAAGUUCUGGAGAAGAAGGAAGUUGUGAUGACGGAUGAGGAUGGCAACGUGGUAGAGAAAGGCCAGGGAUCUCAGCAGGACAACGACGUCUCGCCCCGGAAACUCAAGACCACCACAAAGAUCACUCGCACGAUUAUCAAGAAGCGUGUCAAGAAGGAGAAGGCACCGGUGGUGCGAACGGUCGCUUGGAAAGCGGCUACUACGAGUGAGGAGGAUACGGGUGAGACAGAGACGCUGACCUUCCCCGCCACGUUUGUGUUCGACCCCGUGCAAUCGCGCGAGGCUGUCGUGAUCGUCACGGUCGCUGGAGCUGAGGAGGCGGAGGAAGAAGCCGAGCCGGUGAAGGAGAUUGAGUUUCCUAUAUCGUCACUUUUCCAGGAUAACGUUCUAGACAAGUGGUACUCUACUGCGGACGAGGAAGAAGAGGAGGUGCCGACGACAAUUACAGAGAUCGUGGAAGAGGUUGUAAUAGAGACGAAUGAAGAGAAGACUACUGCUGAGGAAAUCGGGGAGGUUGAGGAGGCUGAGGUCAAGAAGACCCAGGAAGCCGAGGAGACGGAGAAGGAAGGAAUAGUUGAGGAAACUGCUACGGCUGCUACCACUUCUGACGAGGUGGAACAGGCCGAGGAAGUCGUGAAGACUGAUGAAGCCGAGAAGACCGAGGAAGCUGUGAAGGUCGAUGAAACCGAAAAGGCCAAUACCGUGGAUGAGGUUGAACAGACUGAAGAAGCCGAGAAGGUUGAGCCGGCGAGUAGCCGUUUUCACGUUAAGGCGAACUUUGUGUUGUCCGAGGCUGAGAAGUUGAGUAUUGCCGUAGUGGCGUUGUCAAAGAAGAAGCAGGAGGCCGAAGCUGCGCUCCUCGUGCUGGAACGCGAGGCUGCAAGCUUGCGCAUCAAGCACGAUCGUCUGAACGCGAGCCAACGUCAGUCGAACGCCAUAAGUAUUUCCAAAUCAAAGGCAAAUCUUCUUGGCGGUCGUUUUGGCGCCGGUAUGGCGCCUGUGCAGCGCAAAUCGUGGUAUCAGAACUCUCGCGAGCGCGCCACAGCGUUUAUCACGAAGCACCAGCAGCUUCUUGUCAGCGUUGCCAUGUUCAGUGGCAGCGUGUGCCUCUUCCACUUCAACGGCGAGAAUCUGCUAGCUUAA